UCAUGCAUAAUUAUGAUGAUUGGAAAACAGAACCUUCAAAAGGCCAUAGAUUCAGCAAAAGAUGGAUUUAACUUUGAGGUUCGGUGGCAUCCAUUUUUUCUCAACCCUGAUGCACCCAAAGAAGGAAUUAACAAGACAGACUUCUAUAAACAGAAGUUUGGAGCUUCACAGUAUGAGGCGAUGAUGUCUAGGAUGACAAAGAUAUUUAAUAGCCUUGGAUUUGAGUAUGAUACCUCUGGGUUAACGGGAAGUACACUGGAUAGUCACAGACUUAUAACAUUUUUUGCAAGCCAAGGUUAUGAUAAACAAAAUGCUCUUGUAGAGGAGUUGUUCCUCAACUACUUCUGUCAAGGAAAGUACAUUGGAGAUCGGAAAGUUCUAUUGGAUGCUGCUGAGAAGGUUGGCAUAGAAGGAGCUUCAGAAUUGCUCCACGACCCAACAAAAGGGAUAGAGGAGGUCAAUGAAGAGCUUGAAAAGUAUUCUUCUCGCAUCAAUGGAGUUCCCCACUUUGUGAUUAAUGAAAAAUACAAGAUCAGCGGUGGACAGCCUCCUGAGGUGUUCCUGCGAGCAUUUCAAGCAGCUGCAGAUGAUGGUUCCCGACAAUGAUUUUUUUAUUUUGCUAAAUAAAAUAAUGGUUAAGCAUGCAUUUCAC